UGGGAAAGCGUUGAAAUGGCGGCCGCCGGCGCCGGGGCCGCCCGGCUGCUCCUGCUCUUGCUGAUGGUGGCAGCAGCUCCCAGCCGAGCCCGGGGCAGCGGCUGCCGGGCCGGCGCCGCCGCGCGAGGGGUGAGUGCCCAUCAGCUUCGUGGACCAGGAGAGGCCGACGGAAGUCGUGGGACUGUGGGGACUGAAGGGCGAGAGGCUGAGGGCUGCGGCACGGUGGGACUGCUGCUGGAGCACUCCUUUGAGACCGAUGACAGUGCCCACUUUCGGAAACGGGGCUCACUACUCUGGAAUCAGCAGGAUGGCACCUUGUCUUUAUCACAGCGGCAGCUCAGCGAGGAGGAGCGGGGCCGACUUCGGGAUGUGGCAGCCAUCAAUGGCCUGUACCGGGUGCGGGUCCCAAGGCAGCCAGGGAUCCCUGAUGGGUCUGAAGCUGGCGGCUAUGUCUCUUCCUUUGUCCCUGCGUGCUCCCUGGUGGAGUCACAUCUCUCAGACCAGCUGACCCUGCACGUGGAUGUGGCUGGCAAUGUGGUGGGUGUGUCAGUGGUGACACACCCUGGGGGGUGCCGAGGCCAUGAGGUGGAGGAUGUGGACCUGGAGCUGUUUAAUACAUCUGUGCAGCUGCGGCCCCCAGGCACAGCCCCAGGUCCAGAAACAGCAGCCUUCAUUGAGCGCCUAGAGAUGGAGCAGGCCCAGAAGGCCAAGAACCCCCAGGAGCAGAAGUCCUUUUUUGCCAAAUAUUGGAUGUACAUCAUUCCUGUUGUCCUGUUCCUCAUGAUGUCAGGAGCACCAGACGCCGGGGGCCAGAGUGGCGGUGGGAGUGGGGGUGGCAGCGGGGGUAGUGGCCGGUAAGCAGCACACCCUUUUACCCAAGAACUUCCUUUACCUAUUCUCCCAUGUCCUUGGUCAUCCCAAGAAGGACUUGCUGGCCCCCUCCUGUCUCCUCAUCCCAUGGAGGUAGAAAGAUGCCCCCUCUCUAGGGGGCCUGUAGGCUGCCCGGGGAGCCCAUAUUCUCCGGGGGCCUCUCUGUUCUUUUUAGCAGAGGGGUGGCAAACUAGGGUGCAUCUGCUGUGCCCCCUUUCCCAUGACCCCACCUCAGCCUCAUGGACUCCCCUUAAACCACAGGCUGGAGUCCAAGCUCUGGGAAUUCUGUCACUGCAACCCAUGGCCCACCCCACUCCAGCCCUGCAGUCUGGGAACAUGCCACGUCCUCUCCAGCCUCUGUGCCUUUGUUCUGGGUGUUCUUGCCCUGCCUGGCCUCUACCAGGUUCCCAGGGCACCUCCUCACUUGGUGUGUGUCUCUGGCCUUCCACGGUCUCCCCUCUGAGGAUGUGGUUGGGAGUAGCUGGCUGUGGGUGCCCUUGGGUUCCACUUGCAGCACCCUUGUCACCCUGCCUGGCUGUGGGGGAAGCACUGGGCCUUCUGGACGCCAGGCCUCUACUAGCCUUCUGGGUGUGAAGAGUGGUGGUGUUUAAUCAGGAAAUGACAAUGGAGUCAGGGCCAAGUGAUGUGAAUAGAAUCCCCUCCUCAGUCUUACCUGGGUCACCUUACCCAGGGUGCAGCACCUGGACAGGCUGCUGGGCCUCUGCUGUUCGUUGCCCCUUGUCUGUUGAAAAACGUUUGCAUUAUAUUGAAGGUCCCAGCUUUCAACAGCCAAGUGUGGCUUGAGUUCUGCUGUUCACUUAAUAUAUUUAUUCAGAAAUAAGAAAAUGGCCAUCGUUGUCGUUAUAACGUUAUAAUUGCUAUGAAGCCCUGCCAGAAGGAUGUACUGGGGCCAUUCAACCCCUCCUGUCCCAGCUCCACACACGUAGGCCUAACUCGGGUGAGGUCCCAGGCCAGCCCACAGGCAGCCAGCCUUGUCCCCACAUCCUUGCCAGCAGACUUCUCAAACCUGGGCCAGGGUCUGAUAGGUUAGAAAAUGGUAUCACACAGCCUGGCAUGGUGGUGCAUGCCUAUAAUCCUGGCUGCUUGGGAGGCUGAGGUGAGAGGAUCACAAGUUCCAGGCCAGCCUCAGCAACUUAGCCAGGCCCUACGUCAAAAACCAAAACGGCAUGUGUUGCUCCAAUCCUGUGCUUCCAAAAACAGAACAGUGUGUGCGCAAGCCCUGCGAAGGGCUCUGGAGAACUCCAGCCAGCUCAUGGGUGGCACGUACACGCGGUUUGAGUUGCUCUUAGAGCUCAUCUGGUACUUCAGCCCAACCGGGAGGCGGCUUAGGUGUGCAUGUUCUCACUGGGGCCUGCUCUUCACCUUCUCACUCCUUCCCAGCACUCCAAUGGCUCACACCCCUCCCCUGUGCACUUUGGCAUAAGGCCUGAGAGUUCCCAGGCAUUGUCCAGUUUACAUACUCUCAGUAUUUACAAAGGGUCUGCUGUGUCACGUGCCUGUCAGCCAUGGGGUUACCUCUUUUAAAUAAGUUUUUGUAGCUGUACUACAAAAGGUGUCCCAGGGUUCCUCUGACUUCCACAUCUUUCCCUGAUGGUGAGAGAUUAUGAUGCCACCACGCUCUGUUAGGUCUGUUCCAUGUGGAUUUCUGUCUCUCAGAUUACCCCAGCAGUGUUUACUGAUGCUUUUUGGGAAUCUGUUCACUACUCAGUUCUUAACCUUGGUCAAAUUUGCACAUCCCUCUUCCCACAGCAGUUUGCACGGCCAUCUGGUUUUUAAUGGAUUAGGCUUUGGGAUCUUUAUAUAUCUGAUCACAUUCUUUUCCUCUAAUACUUUUGCUUGCUCUCAGGCUGGCACUUACUCUGGUAUUCUAGAAGAUGUCUGAGUUUCUUCAAGGUCCCCAGGACUUUGUCCUUAUUAAAUUUCUCUUCCCAUU